UCUUGGCAACCGGUACAGUUUGGCUCGCAGUAUCGGCCAAAGCGCGUCUUCCAGUUAAAGUUUUGUGUUUUCAAGUACGAUUUCUCAGGAUAACGUUAUCCUUAGUAGUUGUGUACUAGUGCCAUGUUGAAGUUCACGAUCCUUGCCAGUUGCCUGGUAGCGGCGGCCGUCUGCUCCGGAAGCGGCUGGAGCUCCGGAGGCCAAGGCUGGAAUUCCGGUGGUGGUUACGGUGGCGGCAGUGUCAUUAGCGUUGCCCCCGUUAAGGUAUGGCCAUCGUCUGGUAGCGGCUGGAACCAGGGAGGCUCAGGAUGGAACAAGGGUGGAUCCGGAAUAGGCCAGGGUACUUCCGGAUGGAACCUUGGAGGAUCAGGCUGGAACAAGGGAGGAUCUGGGUGGAAUCAGGGAGGAUCGGGCUGGAGCCAGGGAGGAGGUGGCUCCGGAUGGAGCCAAGGCGGCGGUGGCUCCGGAUGGAACCAGGGAGGACAAGGCUAUGCCAAGUCGUACAGCAACUACAAUGCCGUUGGUGGACACGGAUCUGGUCGUAGCCUGGGUGGAUGGCCAUCGACGAGCGGAGGUUGGUCUUCGGGAGCUUCGGCGUGGCCCUCGAGCAACGCUGGCUGGUCUGGUAACACCGGAGGAUGGAGCAAGGGAGGAGGCUGGCCAAGCUCGUCCGGAUGGAGCACCGGAGGCGCCAACCAGGGCUGGACUGGAAAGGCUUACAGCACUGGAGCUACUGGAGGUUAUGGUGGUAACACCGGCGGAUGGUCGAAUGGAGGCUACGGAGGAAACAGUGGAUGGUCUACCGGAGGUUCCAGUGGAUGGAAGUGGUAAAACAGCCCAACUAACUACCUCUACGAUAAUACUGUGACCUGUGUUCAAAACUCGCGAUCAGUCAAACCACAACCCACUUGUAAGGAAAACUCAUGACAGAUGUACAAUAAAAUUCAACUUUUGUAAAUUUGUAAAUAAACGUAACUUAAAGUUCUAA